AUGAUCAAGAAUGUCCCAGUCAGCUCUACCACUAAGCCUCCCGUGCUACCCAGUGCCGACAGCAUUACUGAGCGCUCGCGGAAGUUCUACGAUGGAACAUAUACGUGGGAUUCUGACGGCUUUACCGACGACAUGGGAGUAUAUCGCACUUUUGACUGCUACGACUCGGAUGCGCGAGCUCCAACACCGCUACCUCCUAUGUUUCUGAGCAAUGACGAAGAAUGCGAGGUGCUGCAAUGUGGAGUUGGCGCCGACAUGGAGACUCUUGUGUUGGCAUCAGACGAUGGAAACGAAGGAAUCACAGUGACAGCACAAUGCGACGAGCCGUCUCGUAAUCAAGCCAAUGAGAAGCAUCUCGUCGGAAAGAUAGAAGGAGUCUUGCAAAGCACUAUAACACCGCCUACCAGUCCUGCCGUUAAGAAACCAGCCACAGCUGUAGUCGGAAACAAGCACCCCAGUCUCAUAACGCCUCCCAAAAACACCAAAUCAAAGGUUCAGACCCCUCCGUCCUCGUCUUCAAGUCUUUCAGACUGCCCGUCAGAUCUCUCUGAGUGGGAUGUAGGCCUUCCGAAUCCAAGUCAUAAGAAGACGACAAUGACAAGCAAACUGCAAGAGCCUGAUUUGAAAGCGACAAAGCCAAAAGUUUCGACUCGGGGAGUUGCACAGAAAGUUAAGAAGACUGGUGGCUACAAGAGGGUCUAUUAG